ACGAAUACAUUAUAAACUGGACCACAAGCUAUAAGGCUCAAAAGAUCUUCAAGCCCGAGAGUAGAACCCAAACUCAAAACUGUUGUAUUUUUGCCAAAAGAAAACCAAUACUGCGAUUGUUCUCGGCUGCAGAGAAAAUGGGGAGGAAGAAGGGAGUAGUAGAGUUCGAUGAGACGGCGCCGGACUUCGACCCGGCGGACCCGUAUAAGGACCCGGUUGCCAUGCUGGAGAUGAGGGAGCACAUCGUCCGGGAGAAAUGGAUCGAUAUAGAGAAGGCCAAGAUCCUCAGAGAGAAGGUUAAGUGGUGCUACCGCGUCGAGGGAGUCAACCACCUCCAGAAAUGCCGCCACCUAGUCCGUCAGUACCUCGACUCCACCCGCGGCAUUGGAUGGGGCAAGGACGGCCGUCAUCCUUCACUUCACGGUCCGAAGGUUGAGUCGGUGGAGUCAGAAUGAUAUCUUUCCUGGAUUAUGUGGAGAUUACUGAAUAUGCGCAGCAGAUAAAUGCAUGGCGUGGAGGAGUCGAGGCCUUAAUAUCAAAUCAGUUUGGUUGUAUCAUCAUUAUUGUUCUUUGCCCAUAGGACUCGUGUCAUGGACAGUGAUCUCUUUUGUUUUACUUUUAUGACAUGCGGCCGAAUCUUGGUGACUUAGGCUUUAUUGUAACUUUUCCUUGUUAUCCUCAAGCGAUUUGCUAUUACCUGGAUGAGGCUACCCAUCACAUAAUGUAAUAAUAAGCUUCCCAUUACUUGAAACUUGAACCUUUGUUGAUAUGGAAUUUGCUGUUAUU